AUGGGGUUCCGGGUAAAUGAGUGUGACGUUUUGCCGAGAAUAGGCACGAGUUCGGGCACUUCUAUCUUUGGAUCCAUGGCUAGAAGAAACAGAUGUCGAAGCACUCGAACCGUUAGAACACAGCUGCGCGUGUUGACGGCGGCGAGCGACUUCGAGGGCGGCAGCAAGACGAUUCCCUGGGGAGCCAAGCGAACAGUCGGGAUAGGAGGAGAAGAAAGGAGCGGACCAGAACGCGUGGAAGCAGUGGAAGAUGAACCAGCAGAGACAGAAACAGAAACAGGAGGGGCUUGGGGAUCUGGUGAGGAGCGUGAGAUAGCUGCUUUGAGGGCAGCGGAUAUAAAACAACGAGUGGAGGGGAAUGAAUCAGAACAAGUGGAAUUGCUAGAAGUCGUCCUAGAUGAACGAGUGGAGAUAUAA